GCCUNCCAAUCGCGGCGCCGCGCACGUGACGAGCGCUCCCCGCGAUGACCUCAUCCCUCGGUUGUGGGAUGACGUCAAAUUCAAGAUGGAUGGAAUCACGGCGGCGGCGGCGGCAGCGCGGGCUGAGCCCUGAGCGGAGGCGCCGAGGGGGGCGAGCAGGGGGGGGCGGCGGACAGGGGACAUCAGAAUCAUGGAGGGGCUCUUGCAUUACAUAAAUCCAGCACAUGCCAUUUCCCUCCUGAGCACCCUGAACGAGGAGCGUCUCAAGGGACAGCUGUGUGACGUUCUGCUGAUCGUAGGAGACCAGAAAUUCCGAGCUCACAAGAAUGUUCUGGCUGCCAGCAGUGAAUACUUCCAGACUCUGUUCACAAAUAAGGAGAAUGAGUCUCAGUCAGUGUUUCAGCUCGACUUUUGUGAGCCAGAUGCUUUUGAUAAUGUGUUGAACUACAUUUAUUCUUCAUCCUUGUUCAUUGAGAAAGGCAGCCUCGCAGCUGUGCAAGAACUGGGCUACAGUCUUGGAAUAUCUUUUCUUACAAAUAUUGUUUCCAAGAGUCCUCAAGCUCCUUUUCCAUCUUGUCCUAUGAAAAAAAUACUCUACCAAGAUGAAGAUGAAAGUAGUUCUCAGAAGAGAAGUGUCAUCGUCUGUCAGAACAGAAUUGAAGCACAAGCGAAAAGCGUAAAUCAAACACAACACGACUUAAGCCAUACUCCUAAACCUUCACCCUCUGUAGCUGUCAAAGCUGGCAGCAGACCACAGGUAACAAAACCAACUGAAACCCUUCACAACUUAUCACUGACUGAAAGGAGGUGGCUGAAAGAAGGCCCUGUGAGCUAUACAAAGGUUCAUGAAACUUCUGGAACUGUGGAGGAUCAGAGCAGAGGUGCUUUAGUGAAAAGGAACAUGGUGCUGCCUCAGAUGUCUUUAGCAGAGAAAGAAAUGGCAAGCGGCGAGCCAGGAAGCAGCGCUCAGCUUCUGAGAGGAAAAGUUGCAGAGAUGUCAUUGAAAAGACCACGUCCACCAGUCUUGUCUCUGCGUGGGGCAGGGGAUUCCACAUUUUUGUUGCGAGAGGCAGGAAAAGGAAACGGUCAAGGGGAGGACAGGAAUUUGCUCUACUACUCCAAGUUAGGGCUGGUAAUCCCAUCUAGUGGGUCUCGCCCAGAAAACCAAAGUAUUGACAGAAGUGGGCCCCUUGUAAAAAGUCUCCUUCGAAGGUCACUGUCCAUGGACAGCCAGGUUCCUAUUUACUCACCUUCUGUUGACCUAAAACCUGCACAGGUAUCCUCGUGCUCCUCACCGGGAACUAACGAUUCCCAGAAGACAUUUAAUGUUGCAUCCCAAAAGUCAUCCUCGAAAGAGUCAUCGGAGAAGUCGGCCUUGGAUGAGAAGCCACAGGUAAUACACCCACACCGCCUUAGGUCCUUCAGUGCCUCUCAGUCAACGGAUCGGGAGGUCGCUUCCCCUCUCUCGGAGGUGCGGAUCAAAACUGAGCCCAGCAGUCCCCUCUCAGAUCCUGCUGAAAUCAUACGAGUCACGGUGGGUGAUGCUUCAGCAUCGGCAAACAAAGACUUUGCUUUUAAAACUGAGGAUGACCGUAAGGAACCAAGCAGACUUCCAGCCAAAAGGAGGUUCCAGGAUGAUAGGAGGCUGCCGUUCAAGAAGCUGAAGGCGGAUGAGCAGGGUUCUCCUGGCUCAGAAGAGAACUUCGAGGAAGGCUCGAGCCCCACGCACCUUGAUGCCGAUUUCCCUGAUUCUGAUGUCAGUAAAGAUGAAUACAGCGAGAUGGAAGAAGCAAGACCAAAUAAAAAAUUUAAAUGUAAACACUGCCUUAAAAUUUUCAGAUCGACCGCGGGUCUUCACCGCCAUGUUAACAUGUAUCACAAUCCAGAGAAGCCCUAUGCUUGUGACAUAUGCCACAAGAGAUUCCACACCAAUUUCAAAGUGUGGACACACUGCCAGACACAGCAUGGAAUCGUGAAGAAUCCCUCACCAGCUUCCAGUUCACAUGCCCUUUUGGAUGAAAAAUUCCAAAGAAAACUGAUUGAUAUAGUGAGGGAGAGAGAAAUCAAAAAAGCUCUGAUUGUGAAACUAAGACGUGGCAAGCAGAGCUUUCAGGGCCAGUCAGCUUCCCAAGCACAACAAGUCAUCAAAAGGAAUUUAAGGUCGAGAACCAAAGGAGCCUAUAUUUGUACCUACUGUGGGAAAGCUUAUCGUUUCCUCUCCCAGUUCAAACAGCACAUAAAAAUGCACCCUGGGGAGAAACCCAUUGGAGGGAAUAAGGCUCCUAAGCAGAAAGAUCACAUUCACAUCGAAAGCCCAGUGGAAAACAAGGAGGUUUAUCAGUGCCGUCUCUGCAAUGCCAAGCUCUCCUCACUUAUUGAGCAGGGAAACCACGAGCGACUCUGCAGAAACGCCACUGUCUGUCCUUACUGCAGCCUUAGGUUUUCUUCUCCAGAGCUGAAGCACGAGCAUGAAAGCAAGUGUGAGUACAAGAAGCUGACUUGCCUUGAGUGUAUGCGCACCUUCAAGUCAUCCUUCAGCAUCUGGCGUCAUCAGGUUGAAGUUCACAAUCAGAACACAAUGGCUCCAUCAGAGAACUUCUCUUUGCCUCUCAUGGAUCACAAUGGAGAAGUCACCAGUUCGUCACGGCUGCCUCCGCAGUCGGAAUCCAAUAAAAUGAACAAUUUUGUUGCUGCAAAGGAGGACGGCGUGUUCAGUGAUUCGUCAGAACAAAUCAAUUUUGAUUCUGAAGACUCUUCAUGCCUGCCUGAAGACUUAAGUGUUUCCAAGCAGUUUAAAAUCCAGAUCAAAGAAGAGCCUGCAGAUGAUAUAGAGGACGAGGUCACCGAAACGAGCAGGGAACCUAAGGACGUAGUCUCCAAGAAAGAUCCCAGUUUGUGGCCGUGUGAAAAGUGCGGGAAGAUUUUCACCUUACGCAAGCAGCUGGAGCGUCACCAGGAGCUCCUGUGCUCCGUGAAGCCCUUUAUUUGCCACGUGUGCAACAAGGCCUUCCGAACGAAUUUCCGCCUCUGGAGCCACUUCCAGUCCCACAUGUCCCAGGCUGCAGAGGAGUCCACAAAUAAGGAGCCUGAGAUAUGUCCACCAGCUAAUUCCCCGUCACCCCCACCCUUACCCCCACCCCCUCCACUCCCCAAAAUCCAGCCUUUGGAGCCCGACAGCCCCACGGGCUUGCCGGAAAGCUCCGGUACUACUGAGAAGCUGUUCGUGCCGCAGGAGUCGGACACGCUCUUCUACCACGCCCCGCCGCUCUCGGCAAUCACCUUCAAGAGACAGUACAUGUGCAAGCUCUGCCACAGGACUUUCAAGACGGCUUUCAGUCUCUGGAGCCACGAACAGACACACAAUUAGCUUUAAGAGAACCCUUGCAGAGCUGGUUUGGGGGGGCUGUGUUCAGGAUCUCAGAGGCCUGCCACAUGGACUACAAAUUUAAGAGGAUCAAAAUGAUGAUGAUGAUGGAAAAUCUGGAAUUUGUGAUGCUGCUUGGAUGUGGAGAUUAGGGAAAACUAUAACUUGGUUAGUAGGUAGAAAGCAGAGUAAUUUAAAAUACUGUGGUCUGGGAUCUAAUAGUAACAGAAUAAAUUUUAUUUUAUUUCUUUUGACACUGAAAUACAAUUGCAUCUGGAUUGUAUGCAUGGAUCUUCAUCCCGUGAUGUUGGUGUGUGUGUGUGUAUUAUAUAUAAAGUCACAUAUUAAACGAAAGAGAAACAACAAUUUGGAUUCUAACUGUGAGCUUAUAGUAGUGAAAUACUGUAACCAACGUCAUAAUUUGUUUUUCAAAAAGAAACCAACACACACAAGCUCCAUGUAAGUGGUUGCCAUGCACUGGCAGUUUGGGAGGAAGUGGAUGGAGUGUCUUGCUGUAUUGACUUAGGUCUUAGAAACCUUUAGCAAUAACAAAUAAACCUCAAGUUUGAGUAAUCUUGAUGUUAUUGGAUACGAAUGUUUGCUAUUUUAAGGGAACAUAGAGUUGUUUUGUUGUUGUAUGGAACUUGUGCAAAUUAAAAUAGACUCUAAAGUCAGCAAUAUUAUUACUAAGAUUUUAUAUAAGAAGUAGCAGCAAGCCUGCUUUCAGCCAUUUAAUUAUAACUUUCUAAGGAAAAUUGAGAGAGGGGGUACUUUGCUUUAUAUAAUGUCCCAAAGACUAAUUUCCUAUGGAUACUUGGGUAGCUGAAGUCAUUGUGUAACAGCCAUCAUAAUGCAAAUGGUACUGUUUAUAACAUGAACUGAGGUUGAAUGGAUGUCAGACAAGUUUCAUAGUUUUGUUUCCACUAUUUGUACAACUGUUUGUAAUUUUAACUACAAAGGAAUGUAUAACUAUUAAAUCAACAAGAGAGAGCUCGUUAAGGGACAGGAGAUGAAUUGUGUUUCUAAACACAAGUAAUAAGCUCAGCCAUGAAGUACAAAGAUAUGUUUUAACAAAACCUAAAAAUGUAAAUAUUUAUAUAGACACCUGUAUAAAUGAAGAAGUAUGUAUUUGAAAUUUGUAUUAAGCGUACAUAUCCAGCUGAAAGCAGAGGAGAAAAUCACACUACAAUCACUGCAUUUUAUGGAUACAAUGCAUAUAGAGUAGUUCUUUCUGCCGCUUUACUCAUAUGUGACUGUGUUGCAAUUUUCCAAUUUGUUGAAAAUUGUGGUAAUAAUGGGCUGCAGAUAUUCUGUGUGCUUCCAUUAUUUUACCUCAAGUGGCAACUGGAGCAUUUAGUGUAAGUAGGAUCACACAUAUUUAC